CCGCGGCUGCGCGCAUUCUGUGAGGCGCGGACAUUUUGUCACGGAGUUGGGUGUUUUGUUUCUUGCUGCGUUGCCUGCGUCGGGUUGAAGAGGCACCAUGCCGGCCGGGCCUGUGCAGGCGAUGGCGCCUGCCCAGCCAGCGCCACCUGAAGCGAAGCAGCCUGAGGAUGAGCCGAAGGAAGAAGCAACGCCAGCCAAACCUGUUGUGGGAAUUAUUUACCCACCGCCAGAGGUUAGAAAUAUUGUGGACAAGACAGCUAGCUUUGUGGCCAGAAACGGUCCAGAAUUUGAAGCUCGAAUCCGUCAGAAUGAGAUCAAUAACCCAAAAUUCAAUUUCUUGAAUCCCAACGAUCCUUACCAUGCCUACUACCGGCACAAAGUCAAUGAGUUCAAGGAAGGGAAGGCCCAGGAGCCCUCUGCGGCUAUUCCAAAGGUCAUGCAGCAGCAACAGAGUGCUCAGCAACAACUUCCCCAAAAGGUGCAGGCCCAGGUGAUUCAGGAAACUGUCAUUCCAAAGGAGCCCCCUCCAGAGUUUGAGUUCAUUGCAGACCCCCCCUCAAUCUCUGCCUUUGACUUGGAUGUGGUAAAGCUGACAGCACAGUUUGUUGCUCGCAAUGGUAGGCAGUUUCUCACCCAGCUGAUGCAGAAGGAGCAGAGGAACUACCAGUUUGACUUUUUGCGCCCACAGCACAGCCUCUUCAACUACUUCACCAAACUGGUGGAACAGUACACAAAGAUCUUAAUCCCUCCCAAGGGCUUAAUCAUAAAACUCAAGAAGGAAGCAGAAAACCCCAAGGAAGUAUUGGACCAGGCAUGCUACAGAGUGGAGUGGGCCAAGUUUCAGGAGCGAGAGCGGAAGAAGGAAGAAGAAGAGAAGGAGAGAGAGCGUGUUGCAUAUGCCCAGAUUGACUGGCAUGACUUUGUGGUAGUGGAAACUGUGGACUUCCAGCCCUCUGAGCAAGGGAACUUCCCGCCCCCCACCACACCUGAGGAGCUGGGAGCUCGCAUUCUGAUCCAGGAGCGCUACGAGAAGUUUGGCGAAAGCGAGGAAGUGGAGAUGGAGGUAGAGUCAGAUGAUGAAGAUGAGAAACAAGAGAAGACAGAGGAGACUCCAUCUCAGUUAGACCAGGACACUCAAGUGCAGGACAUGGAUGAAGGCUCUGAUGACGAAGAUGAGAACCAGAAAGUUCCACCACCUCCAGAAACUCCAAUGCCACCACCACUUCCCCCAACUCCAGAUCAGGUUAUUGUCAGGAAAGAUUAUGAUCCGAAAGCUUCCAAGCCUUUGCCACCUGCCCCAGCCCCUGAUGAGUAUCUGGUUUCCCCCAUCACUGGGGAGAAGAUUCCUGCCAGCAAAAUGCAGGAACACAUGCGAAUUGGGCUCCUGGAUCCUCGCUGGCUGGAGCAAAGAGACCGUUCCCUCCGGGAGAAGCAGACUGAUGACGAAGUUUACGCCCCAGGCUUGGAUAUCGAAAGCAGUCUGAAACAGUUGGCUGAGCGCCGUACUGAUAUUUUUGGUGUGGAAGAGACUGCUAUUGGCAAGAAGAUUGGGGAAGAGGAGAUCCAGAAGCCAGAAGAAAAGGUGACCUGGGACGGCCAUUCUGGCAGCAUGGCCCGAACUCAGCAGGCUGCCCAAGCCAACAUUACCCUGCAGGAACAGAUUGAAGCUAUCCAUAAGGCCAAGGGGCUGGUGCCUGAAGAUGACAGCAAGGAGAAGAUCGGUCCCAGCAAACCCAACGAGAUGCCCCAGCCUAUGCCCCCUUCAUCAGUUCCGAACAUGCCAACGAACGCUCCGCCAAUUGCGUCUGUGCCCCGCCCGCCCUCAAUGCUGCCUCCUGUCCGUACAACUGUUGUUAGUGCUGUCCCUGUCAUGCCUCGUCCUCCUAUGACUUCAGUGGUGCGUUUACCACCAGGCUCCGUCAUCGCUGCUCCCAUGCCACCAAUAAUACACGCACCUCGGAUCAAUGUUGUUCCAAUGCCACCUUCUGCCCCGCCUAUUAUGGCUCCACGUCCCCCUCCAAUGAUUGUGCCAACAGGAUACAGACAGGGACCAGUCAGCAGUCCAGCAUUUGUUCCCGCCCCUCCUGUUGCACCGGUUGCUGCCCCGUCGCCUAUGCCUCCUGUUCACCCUCCCCCGCCCAUGGAGGAUGAGCCGUCUUCUAAGAAGCUGAAGUCUGAAGACAGCCUCAUGCCAGAGGAGGAGUUUCUGCGCAGAAACAAGGGCCCAGUCACAGUCAAAGUCCAGGUUCCCAACAUGCAGGAUAAGACUGAAUGGAAGCUGAAUGGCCAGGUGCUGGUGUUCACCCUGCCGCUCUCUGAUCAGGUUUCUGUUAUAAAGGUGAAGAUCCAUGAAGCUACCGGGAUGCCAGCUGGGAAACAGAAGCUUCAGUAUGAGGGCAUCUUCAUCAAGGACUCCAAUUCUCUGGCUUACUACAACAUGACAAGUGGGUCUGUGAUCCACUUAGCACUCAAAGAAAGAGGAGGCAGAAAGAAGUAGGACCCCCGUGGCUAGCAGCUAUCCUAUUGGGGCAGUUCCUGAGUAGUAGCAGCAUGGAGUUCCCACUCAGACUGGACUUUGGACCUUAACCUUUGUAUUUGGCAGUCCCUGGGCCUAAAGGAAAUUGAACUUGCCCAAGCAGCAACUGUGCAAUUGUGAACCAAUAUGUGUAAAAAUGAAUGGCUUGUGCUAGAUUAAAAAUGCUGCCAGAAUUGUCCCUAUGUUAAUAUUAUUCCCAAUGGUUCUCCAGUUACUCCUUGUGGGUGAGGCCUUGCCUAGCUUUGAUCUAAUUCUACAGCAUUUCAUUUUCGGAGAAGUUUGCUGUCAUACAAAGAAUUUUACCUGUUGGAUGGAACAUUUCAGUUAACUGUCUCAUACCAAGUAAUUUCUCUUAACCAAUGUAGUGAAAGCAUUCAUUGUUCUGUGUGAGACAGGUGAGCUAACACCUUCUCUUUGAUCAGGAAUACUUUGAAACCACCUGAUAGAGUAAAUAGGAAGAAGCCAGAUUUCUGGGUUAUAUCAUCAUUUGUCAGCCCACCUAUUGCAGCUCCUCCAUUAGAAAACAAUUUUCUGCAAUGCCCGGAGAGUAUUACUAUUCAAAGAUAUAUAUCUUAGGCUUACGGAACCAGUGCCACAGGUUCUUGGAUUCUGGCCUUUUAAAAAACAUUCAGAUUGAGAUGAAUGACACAUCAGCCCCAGGGAGGUGGGGGUGGUUUGUGGUCAUGUGCUACAAUCUGCAAUCUUUGCUUCUCUUUCCCUCAUGGUUUGGAAAUUAAUGUGAAGGCAACAAUAAAAAGAGAAUAAAA